AUGAACGAUAAGGUUUAAACAACAAAACACAGUGAUUACGAAAUCUAAUUGUUUUUUUUUUUUUUUUUUUUUGACAGUUAUUUUAUAAAAACAACAAUAUGCUCAGUGAGGAUAUUUUAGAAUUAUUGGACGAUGGAAGUGUUACAGAAAUUGUUAGUGUGCAAAGUGAAGAAGACGUUGAAUUGUUUCUGUUCAAAAAAUUUAAAUCUUUGUUGGAUAAAUAUGUAAAGAGCGAUUUCUUUUUCGUCAAAUCCCGUGGUAAACAUGGUUUAAAAUACUCGGGAAUGAGUGCUAAUAAAGAAUUAAUAAAAAUACCACAAAAGUCAUGUCUGAAAGAGUUAAUUUAUAUAUACACAAAAAAAAAAAAAAAAAAACAAAUAUACUAAUUUAGACCCUUUGAGAAAAUCUAAAAUAACGUCUUUAAGAUUAGUACUACCUAUAUUAGUUUAG